AUGGAUUACGAAAGUGAAGAUCAUCAAGUUGACAGCUCAGAAGAGCAAGGAUCACAGCAAUUCUCCGAAACCAUGAGCUCAAAGUCGUCUGAAAUGGCACCUGAAAGUCCACAAAGAUCAGCGUCGUCAGCUGAAAUGAAAUCUGAAAGUCCACACGGAUCAGAGUCAGCUGAAAUGGCAUCUGAAACUUCAAAAAGAUCAGCUUCAUCACCCGAUAAUGCGUCUGAAAGUUCAAAAAGAUCAGCAUCAUCAGCUGAACUUUCACAUUCCCAAAGCUCAAACCUCUCAUACAGCAGCAGCUCACAAAAGUCAGCCUCAAAAGAAGACUCAAGCAUUGAAGUUAAGCCGGAGAAGUUUGAGAGAACGGCGGCAAAAUCAGGCUCGGGCGUCAAGACCUUAUCAAAAGAAGAUAAAUUGCUUCGCAUGUUUCUUAUUAUUGGAUUUUUCCCCUUACCUGUUCUCGGCUGGAUCAUUGGCUUCUUCUACUCCUUCAGCAUUAAAAGGAAAACCAAAUCACAAAAAAAAGUAUUACCAACUAAUAUUUACUUGAUAAGGAACAAGGAUGAUGCUAAAGAUAAAGACAAAGAUAAAGAACCCAAAAAAGUUGUGGAAAAAUCAGAGGAAGAACGUGACCUCAAAGGACCAAAAGUAGACGUUGACGUCCCAGAUGUGGAUAUUAAAGGCCCAAAAGUACAAACUGCAGAAGAUAAAAAGGCUAUAGAAGACAGAUUAAGGAAGAAGGAAAAUUUAACAAUUUCUGAUACUGAGAGUUUGAGAGUAAAUCUUGAGGAUUUAAAUCCAGAGCAAAAGGAACUUCGAGCUGAAGUAUUUAAGUCUGUAACAGACGUUGACAAGGCAAAGAAGCUAAAAGUAGAGGAAGGAUUAUAUGUACCAGCUGUUCUUGAUAAAUUCGAAGUUCCCGAGUUCAAAAUUGAAAAGCCAGAAAACCUAUUCAUCCCACCAAGAAUACUUAAAUCACCCGUUCCCGUCUCUAAAAGCGCCAAAGACAUCAAAUUCGAUUUUUUCGAAUAUGUGCAUCCAAGUUCAACGAGUCAUAUGUUAAUAUUGUUGAGAGGAUUGAAUUCGACAUGGAAGAAUCAUGAGUUGUUCAGGUUCUCUGAGUAUGUAAACCACAGCGUCAUGGCCGUAAAUGUGACUGACGCUGGUAAAAAGACUAUCAGUCAGAUAUUAGAAGAACUUGAGGACGUUGUUAAGACUAAGGCUAAAAAGGAUAUUACCCUUGUCACUGAAAUCAAGCAAGCAGAAGUUAAUGAUUUCAGGAAACUAUACCAAGAAAAGAAAUUCAAAAAAGUUCUCGCCAUCAGUAGCCAUCUCAGAUGUCAAGAAUCCAAUGAGGUAUUUGAUAUGCCUGAGUUUGUUGGUUUGUUUGAUGAUAAGAUUGAGUGUGACAAAAAGAACAUUGCGUUCCCAGUCAUGGUUGUCAAGAACGAUUUAGUCGAAUAUGAAAUUAUGGAGAAUGAAUUGGAGAUAGGGCUAAAGUUUGUGGAAAUGAAGAAAUGCAAGGACGUGCUUAACACAAAGGAACAGACUAAGAUUGUCCUGGGUAAGCUUUUUGGCCCAUUCAGAAAGUUUGCAACUGCUACCACAGCUUCUCUCAAAGAGGACGAAGUAUUAAAAAAAGUUCUGUGCUCAAGAAAGAAAUAUACCUAA